UGGAUUUUGAAAACACUCGAGAUUGGCUGGAACUUCAUUCCCAAGCCCCGGUGUCUGGUUCCCUCCAACUUUAAAUCUGACUUGGUAGCUUCCUCGGUCUAGGCCUACAGCUUUGCCCCUGCAAGCGUUGCAAGAAAGGGGAAAAGGGGUAAAAGGACCGUCUUCUGGUCGCACAACAUAUUCGCUUCAUAACUCUUCUGCAGCACCCAGUGGACGGUUCACUACGCCGGUAGUUUGGUUAGUCCGUCUUACUGCUCGCCAACCCCCCAUCAAUUUACUUCAACCCGGUGGUGAAGGCUUCAUUCUACAUGCCAUACAGCAUUCAAUUGGCUCUCAAGCCUGUCAGAGACCAAGCCACAGCUAUCGCCGACUCCCCUGAUCGAGUCUAGACGACAUUGUGGUUGCAGAAGACCUUGCAAUCCCCCCAUGCAGUCAAUAUCUGUUUACGUACUCAUUGGUCUCAUUACCUGUUGCUUGCCCGUGUCAUCACACCACCAUCACUCUACAAGCCUUGGAGAAUUACCAAGACGUUCCCCGGAGCUGAGAAUAGAACAGGGCGAUGCUUGAGAAGAGGGGUCUGGAGUUGAGUACUUGUAGCCCAGCUCCGUCGCCCCAGAUCACAACAUACUUGACCAUUCUCACAACAUCCUUCGAGCUAUACCUGCCCUUUAUACAAACCUGAGCUUCACCAACACUCCAAUCAAAAUGCAGCUCCUCCACAUCCUCGCAGCCUUCCCUCUCACGGCCCUUGCCGCCCUCAACGGCCGAUGCACUGGUUCCGAAGCCACGGGCGAGUGGGGCUCCAAGGGUAUCUGCAUCAGGACUUCGACCUGCAGCAGUGCCGGCGGUGCUUACAAGACUGGCGCCUGCCCGUCUGACCCUGCCGAUGUCAAGUGCUGCCUGGUGGGCCGUGGUCCUUCUGUUGGCACCAACCCUUGUGGUGGUGCUUCGUGGUGUGACUGGACCUCCAACACAUGCAGUGGUAGCCGACUGACUGGAUACUGCCCCGGCGGAUCCAACUACAAAUGCUGCAGGCUCUAGACUCCGGACCUACGACAAAACGGGAAUCAAUAUCUGGACAGGAAUGAUGCUAGUGGGAACGGGAGAGGUGAACCGAAAAUGUUUGAAAGGCUGGGACAGAGUACCUGGAAGCACUGUUGCACAUAAUGCUGAAAAUAUCGGAAUGCCAUUCGUUUGUACCAUAUUGUGAAGGCUCAAAACCCAAGCCAGAGCUUCAAUAACCUACCUACACCAUGCAGAC